AUGCGCAUAGGCAUACACACUGGCAAUGUGUUGUGUGGCGUGCUCGGGCUUCGCAAGUGGCAGUUCGAUGUCUGGAGCGAUGACGUCACGCUGGCCAACCACAUGGAAUCUGGCGGUAUUGCUGGUCGUGUGCAUAUAACGAAAGCAACUCUUCUCCAACUGGGAGGCAGAUUCGACGUGGAGCCAGGAGAUGGAGCUUCCAGAGAAGGAUACUUGGCUGACCACAAAGUGGAGACGUACCUCAUUGUACCACCGAAGCGAUCACUUGAGAUGUCUCCUGAGAUAAUAUUAAGCGGGGAACUUGAGUCACUAACCAAAUUAUUGGAAACGCCAGGCCUCGGGCACCCGAGGAAAGUGUCAGAAAAUGGCCGUCUCUCCGUUUGCACAGUGGAUCGGAAAGCAAGCAUUGUAUCUUCAAUAUACCAAGACAUAUCUCCCACGAAGCCCAGAGAUAACAUCAGCCCAGCACCAUCACAAAACAGCUUUAAUGAAAUGGAAACCUUCCCCAGCAGAGUUCUAAGGACCGAGUCACUGAGGACUACUGGAGACCUCAGCAGACGAGCUUCGGUGAAAGUGGUGGCUUUCGACAAUAAUCAGGCGACAAGUCCUGGUGAGGGACUCGGCAAUGGCACCGUGGUUACUUCGCAUAAGCCAAAGAGCCGGAGUGGAUCUAUUAUUGGAGCUAUCAGCCCUAUUAUGGGAACAGAAAGUUCUAGUGAGCACAGUGAGCAACCGACCCCAACAGACACACUGACGCCCCUAUUUCUUAGGAUGAUAAGUACUAUGUCUACUGAAUCGUUAUCGACGCCAGGUGUACCGACGCGAUCUCGUCCAUCCAGUAAGAUGACCAAGUACGUGGAAUGUUGGGGAGCUGACAAACCCUUUGCUAACAUUACUGACUCCACGCUUGCCAAGAAUAUUGGAAUAUCUAGCCUGGCAAUGAUAGAACAGAACCUACUACCACAAAGGACAACUUGCUGUGAUUGCAGUACUAAUUCGGAAGGCAUGAAUCGUGUCACGUUAUGGUUUAAGAGCAGUACACAAGAGCGUCAGUACCGCAACCAAUCAGACGCGCAGUUCAAAUACAACGUCGCAUGCGCAGCUGCACUAUUUGCUGUACUGGCGUUCAUACAGCUAUUAACCGUGCCUAAAGGCGUAGUCCUAUACGCGUCGUUUGGUCCCACCUUCUUCACGCUACUAGUCUUCGUGUACUUAUCCUGGUAUGAUGGCAGAAUGCUGACACGAGGGUUACGUCCGAUAUCCGAUGUACCGGACGAUUUGUACGCUGAUAACUGUACGAAACCUGGUCAGUUCCAGUCGUUCGUGAUAAUAGACUACCCGAUGUAUCUCCGCAGUAACGCCUCCAACCUCACUGAGUACAAUUUCACUGAAGAAGUCGGUAUAAGUGGAAUGCAUAUCUACAAUGAUGUCGAUUCUGCACCUAGCUAUCUCUACAGUUCAGUGCUAACACUGGCGUCAAUAUCAGUGUUCCUCCGAGUGGGCUUCGUGUUGAAACUCGCUCUAAUGUUACUGACUCUAGUCACUCACAUCACGCUGUUUGCAUCCGCUGAACUAUUCUACGAGUAUCAGAAAAAAGAUUUGGAAAAUGAGUUCACAAUGCUAGCGUACGCCACCAAAGCUGGUAUGGUCCUGGUAUUCCUGGCUGCUCUCCUGCAUAUCCUGGACAGGCAGAUAGAGUUCACGUCAAGAACUGACUUCCUAUGGAAAGACAAACUGAAGUUCGAGCAGGAAGAGGUGGAAACUAUGAGAGGGAUUAAUAAGAUUCUUCUAGAAAACAUUCUCCCAGCUCACGUGGCGGAACAUUUUCUAACAUUCGUAGCAUCAGAGGCAGAGUUAUACCACGAGCGGUAUUCAACGAUAGCUGUGAUGUUCGCAUCCAUACCGAAUUACAAGGAGUUCUAUGAUGAGAACGAUGUCAAUAAACAAGGGUUGGAAUGCUUGAGGUUGCUCAAUGAAAUUAUUUGCGAUUUUGAUAAGCUAUUAUUGAAGCCUAAGUUUAGCUGUAUAGAGAAAAUUAAGACGAUAGGUAGCACAUACAUGAUUGCUUCUGGUUUGAGACCAGGAAAGGAAGAGCAGAAUGAUGUGACAAGUAAAGAGGAGCAUACGGUAGCUAUCCUGGUGGAGUUCGCGAUAGCUCUCAUGACGAUACUCGACCAGAUCAACAGGGAAUCCUUCCAGAGAUUCAAACUUAGGAUAGGUCUAAACCACGGCCCCGUGAUAGCGGGCGUGGUAGGAGCUCAAAAACCUCAGUACGAUAUUUGGGGAAACACAGUUAAUGUGGCAUCCAGGAUGGACUCCACUGGAAUCAUGGGCAGGAUACAAGUCACUGAGGAUACUGCCAACUCUUCUCAUCCAACCACUGCCAGCCACCCUGCGGAUGUCGUCAGUCCACCUAGAUGGAGGGCGCCCUACACUACGUUUGCCUAG